AUGCCUCAUGACGAGCCUCUCAAAAUGGCAUCUGCGCAAGAUACCCGACAUGGCCAAAAGGAAACGUCGGAUCAGAACUUUGAUUAUAUGUUCAAACUUCUCAUCAUUGGUAACAGCAGUGUUGGGAAAACCUCCUUCUUAUUCCGUUACGCUGAUGAUUCUUUUACUUCAGCUUUUGUAAGCACUGUUGGGAUCGAUUUCAAAGUGAAAACAGUCUUCAAAAAUGAAAAAAGAAUUAAGCUACAAAUUUGGGAUACAGCAGGUCAAGAGAGAUAUAGGACAAUUACUACAGCCUACUAUCGGGGCGCUAUGGGCUUCAUUUUGAUGUAUGACAUCACCAAUGAAGAAUCUUUCAAUGCUGUACAAGACUGGUCUACCCAAAUAAAAACGUAUUCUUGGGACAAUGCCCAGGUUAUUUUGGUCGGCAAUAAAUGUGACAUGGAAGAGGAACGUGUAAUCUCUGCUGACAGAGGCAAACAUUUAGCAGAGCAACUAGGUUUUGAAUUCUUUGAGACAAGCGCCAAGGACAACAUCAACGUCAAGCAGACUUUUGAACGGCUUGUGGAUAUCAUCUGUGACAAAAUGUCUGAAAGUCUGGAGACCGAUCCUGCUAUUGCUGCUGGUAAACAGAACACAAGACUAAAGGAGAGCCCUCCACCACAACAGCAACCCACCUGUGGCUGUUAA